UUCGGUUUAAAUAUUUGCGAACGUGCGACGACGGCACCACGAUAUGUAUGCGGAUAAUAAACUAGGGCUAGACAAGGUGACGGCUGCCACAGCGCCCGCCCUGCAGCAACAACAGCAGCUACAACCACAGCAUAUGCAUCAUCAUGUGUUGCAGUUACAACAGCAACAGCAACAGCAACUACAACAUCAACAUCAACAUUUACAUACGCAUGAAAUGCUUACGCGUCAUAAUUUCCAGCCACACGACACAAUAUCAACAUUGUCACAGCAACAGCAGCAACAUAUGCAUCAGCAACACCAACAGACUGCACAGCAACAGCAACAACAACAGCAACAGUCAGCCGGCAUGUUUACAAGGUUCGAUGCCAACAAAUCUACCAAGGGCGCCUCGAAGAUGCGACGCGAUCUUAUAAAUGCCGAGAUAGCAAAUCUGAGGGAUCUUCUGCCAUUGCCGCAAUCGACGCGCCAGCGUCUCUCGCAGCUGCAGCUGAUGGCGCUCGUCUGUGUGUAUGUGCGAAAAGCCAACUAUUUUCAACAAGUCUUUAAGCGUCACAAUGCAAUGCAUCACCAUCAUCAGACAGCAACACCAAAUAUUGGCUUCUCAAAGGCCCUUUCCGGCUUCCUGAUGAUGCUCACACAAAAUGGCAAAUUGCUGUAUAUAUCGGAUAAUGCAGCCGAAUACUUGGGCCAUUCCAUGGAGGAUCUACUGAUACAUGGUGACUCCGUUUACGAUAUCAUUGACAAACAGGAUCACGCAACCAUCCAGGCCGAGCUAAAUCGGAACGUGCCACCGCAGCCAGGUGGCAGCCAGGCGAACAGCAGCGCUGCUGGCGGCAUCGGUGUUGGCGGCGACUCAACGUCCAGCAAUGGCAGCGUUGCUGGUGUCGCUGGUGGUGCUGCUGGUGGUGGCGCCUCAAGUCUGGAGGGCGAGCAUCGCAUGUUCCUCUGUCGCAUGAAUGUUAGUCGCAAUGCGCGACGGCAAAUGCGUUUCGGCGAUCAAAAGGUUGUGCUCGUACAGGGCCACUAUUUGUCAUUUUUGCCGCUGUGCAGUCGGAACGAGCCCGUCUUCUUGGCCACCUGCACGCCCAUUGCCAUGCCCGAGACGCGCGAGUGUGUGGUGCAAGGUGCCACAAAUGUGUUUACCACAAUUCAUUCGAUGGAUAUGAAAAUUGCGCACAUUGAUAAGAAUGGCGAGUUCCAUUUGGGCUAUGAAAAAAGUACUUUACAGGCCACAUCUUGGUACAACCUGAUACACAGUGAGAACCUGCGAGAGGCGCAGAGCAAACACAGGCUAAUAACCCAAUCGGAACAGGAUCGUAGCUGUAUUCUGCUGCUGCGAAUGCAGCGCUCCAGCGCCGAAUACACGUGGGUCCACGUGGUGCUACAGGUGCGAGACAGUCCCGACUCCACGCAACAGCCUGUCAUCGUGUGCACCAAUCAAGUACUCAAUGAUCGCGAGGCAUCUGUGAUGCUGGCCAAUUCUUGGCUGUACCACUACUACACUGUACAGUCAAAGAUACAGUUUGGAAUGCCGCUGGACAGUGGCAUGCGGGUGCAGUCGGGCAGCACAUCUAGCGGUUAUUACAGUCCACAUUCCACACAUGCGCAGCAGACGCAGGGCGGCGCCACGCCCGGCCUGAGCAUGACAAGUGCAGCGGCAGCAGCAGGAAUGGCGAAUGUCUUUGGUGGUCAUCAUCAUGCGCAUCAUCCUCACCAUCAUCAUCAUCACCAUCAUCCAGCGGCGGCGUAUCAUCAUCAUCCGCAUAUGGGCGCGUCCUAUGGCGGCGUCUAUCACGCGGAGGCUGCCAUUGAGCUGAAGGAGGAUCAGCCGCUGUUGCGGUGCUUUCAGGAACCCGUCGACUAUAGUCAGGUGAACGGUGUCGCUGGUGCUGGCAGUCCCGUCACACCCAUAGCCAGCACCACCUCGAAUCCCUCAAACAGCGGCAGCCAAAAGUCCUCACAAUCCGCCACACCUCCGCCACCAAAAAAGCGCGCCAGAAACAAGCUGGAGCCGCUGUAUCUGCACGCGGUACGCUCUCCAGCUGCAGCUAUUACGCCGGAACCCGACUGCUAUGCGUUACACACGCAUCCAGCGGUGGCGACAGCAGCAGCAUAUGCCACAGCCGCAGUAUCCAGCAACGAUGUUUCGGUCAUUUAUGCCACCAUUGUGCCGACUAGACCGCGGCUGCCCAACAAAUCGCUGCCACCCGAUCCAGCGGACUUUAUCGAGCAAUGGAAUCCCAGUCCACCGUGGUCAGAGUCUGCUCAAAAGGCGUCACUCGACAGCUUUAGUUCGUCCCACGAGCUAAGUCCCUGCAUUACGACGACACCGCCCACGCCGACGAGUGCAACGCCGCAGCAGAGUGGCCUCGGCCCACAGCAGGCCAUUGGACCGGCGUUUAGUUUUGAAUGGAUGUCUGACCCGCUAGUGCCGCUAACCUACCAGCAGUGGCCACCCACAGGCGAUCAUCAUCAGCACUUGUCGCAGCAUUUGGCAGCGACACAGCAGCAGCAGCAUCAUUCACAGCAUCAUCAUUCGCAGCAGCAGCAUCUCCUACAGCAGCAGCAGCUCCUAAUACAGCAGUCGCAGCAGUCAUCACAACAUUUAACACUUCAUCAUGUCCACGUCACAGCAACAACAGCGGCAACGCGUGCGGAGAAUUCCGUAGCUGAGGUAGCGCCAGUGCCGAUCCCCAUACCCCUACCCAUACCUCUACCCAUAGCUCUACCGCUGACCACGGACCAUGCAGAUGCCGGGCAACCGGUUGAUGAUAGAGAUCCCAAAAAUUAGUGAGCAGCAAAA